AUGUUCCAGUGGAAGUUGCUUGAAGCACUUCAUGACUUGAAUGGAGUAGUAUGUGUUGCAGAUGACGUGGUUAUUCAUGGAUCAACGAAAGAGGAACAUGACAAAAAUUUGCACAGCUUCCUCGACCGAUGUAAGCAUGUUGGAAUCAAAUUGAAUCCUGAUAAGUUUGAAAAAGAAUUGGAGGAGAUUACCUUUAUGGGUCACAAAAUAACCAAAGAGGGAUUGCAGUCUGAUCCAGAGAAGAUUAAAUCUAUCUGUGAUAUGCCUCCACCUAAAAAUGUUAAAGCAGUGUAUCAGGUGGUCAGCGAUGGAGGACCACAGUUCUCAUCGAACAACUUCAAAGCUUUUAGCACAGCAUGGGGAUUCCAGCAUAUCUUAUCUAGUCCAGGUAACAGUCAAUCCAAUGGGGCAGCAGAGGCUGCUGUUAAAGUAGCUAAACGCCUUAUGAAGAAAUGCGCCAGUGCUGGUGAAGACCCAUACAUUGGAUUAUUGAACAUCAGAAAUACACAAACGGAGGGUAUGACGACAACACCCACCGAGAGAUUAAUGGGAAGAAAAACAAAGACCAUACUUCCAACCACAAACAAAACUCUCACAUCAAUGUACGAAAUCAACGACGACAUUUAA